AUGUCACGAUUGAAUAUCAAAUGGGAUGUCCUGGAAAGGAGUAAAGACCGUAUUGAACAAUUCAGACGAACAAUACCCCUUAUAUCUGACCUACGUAAUGAAGCAAUGCGAACACGGCACUGGGAGGCUAUUCGAAAAGAGAUUGGAAGAGAUUUCGAUCCCAACGAUAGUAGCUUCACCCUCGAGAAGAUUAUGGAUCUCGGUUUCGAACACUAUGCUGUUUACAUUAACGAACUUUCAGAGGCUGCUACAAAGGAAAUGACCAUUGAGAAAUCAAUCAAUAAAAUUGAAAGCAUCUGGACGGAAAUUGAACUGGAUAUUGUGCCUUUCAAGGACAAAGGUCACUUUAGAUUACGUUCGACGGAUGAUCUCUUUACUAUGCUUGAAGAUCAUCAGAUCCAACUAUCGGCUAUGAAAGCAUCUCGAUUUGUGAAGUCGUUUGAGCGAGAAGUAGAUAAGUGGGAACGAGCUCUUUCGAGGAUAACAGAAACUGCUGAAAUGUUACUUACAAUUCAACGACAUUGGCUCUACAUGGAGACCAUUUUUAUGGGGGAUGAUAUUCGUCAACAGUUGCCCAAGGAGUCGAGCAUUUUUGACGAACUGGAUGUGAUGUGGAAGAGAAUUAUGAUUAAGAUGAAUGAAGUUAAAAACGCUCAGAAGUGCUCUAUGAUAAAAGGAAUCUCUGAACAGCUUAGUAGCAUGAAUGAGAAGUUUGAAAUGAUUGAAAAAUCGCUUGAUAGCUACCUUGAAUCAAAGCGUCAAAUUUUCCCGCGUUUCUACUUCAUUUCAAAUGAUGAUCUGCUUCAGAUUGUGGGUCAAGCCAAGAACCCAGAAGCCAUUAUUCCGCAUUUGAAGAAGUGCUUCGAUAACAUAUGUAUUGUGAAGCUUGAAAAGAAGACGGUUAAAAAACCAGUUGUACAAGCUACAAAAGCACAAGUCGCAACGAAGUCUCAUAUAAGAAAGCGAGCAUCAGAUUUGGUGAAAAAGUCAGAAGAGAUUGAAGAUCCUCUUCAGCAAGAGAAUUUAUCCGUAAACAAAGUCGAGUGGCCUAUUUCUGAUGAGCAGCAAAGUGAUCUAAAACCAGGCGAGCGCAAAGAGACCAUCGCAAUCGCUGUUCCAUCUCAGGAGCCUAGUCGCCUGUCCUCUGGUAAACUCUCACCAGGCGCUAAUGAGAGUAAUACCGCACGACGUCACCAUUCUGGCUUAGCAAAGAAGAGUGAACUUCGUGCAAGGUACUUUGGCAGCUCGAAUAGUGACAACAAUGUCUCCAGAAGUGGCAGUUCCAUUUCUACACACACUCUAAAUAAUAGCUCUACAGGUGAAAUUAUUCUACCAUUCAGUGGUGGACAUAAUGCUGGCCCAAUGCCUACUGGAAAGAAAGGUACAACACAAACGGUAAGCUAUUCUCAAGCUGUUCAUCGUCUUCUAUUAGUAAUUGGAAGGAAGACAAAUGACUAA